UGCACGCUCUAAAAGAUUUAUAGAUAAAUGCAGUUCCCGGUGAAAAUAGAUAAAUGCCAGUGUUCAUGUAUUUUCUACACAUUUCAAUAGGCGCAUUGGCAUUAGCUGGUCAUUGGUGGCGUUGAAAGAACGGGGCAUCCGCGGUAUUAGAUCAAAAUGGUGCACCGCGGGCUUGUUGUCCUGUGCUUCAGUGCUAUGCUGGCUGUGACUUCAGCAGACACCUUCGGAGCAGGACUAAAGCUCCUCGGAAGGAUGUACGAUAAUUGCGAGAAGUCCCAGGAGAUUAUCCAGUGCUUCAAGAUCCAGGCAACAAAGUUAAUGUUCAGAGCAGCGAGGAUGGAGACACUGCCCAUCUUUGAAGGCGUGUCAUUAGUUAAGAGAUCAGAUCAAGGAAGAGCCUUCCCAUCUCUACCUGAAGGUGAUUUGAACUCCUUAGGGUCUGAUGACGUUGACAAGCUACUUCAGCUAUCAGCCUCAAAGCUGCUGCAGAGUCAUCGUGUGGUUAUAUCUCCAACUUUGGCUAGUGUUGAUGUUGGCAGGUCUUUUGAAGAAGCAAGAGGUAAGCUUAAGAAGAUGAUGGGUCCCAUUAUGGCUGGUCUUGCGAUCAAGGGAGGCUUCUUGGCUAUGGCAUUCCAGGCAAUUGCUAUCAUCGCGGGUAAGGCCUUGCUAAUUGGAAAGAUUGCGCUACUUUUGUCUGCCGUUAUUGGUUUGAAGAAGCUGGUCGCUGGCGGAGAAUCUCAUGAGAAAACAACAUACGAGAUCGUAAAACAUCCCCAGGUAUCACAAACGCACACAUACUCAGCAUCGCAUUAUGGAGGUGACUUCGACUCAACAGGGCCUGGAGGUCACUACAGAAGAAGCGUAGAAGAUGAGGCCGCCGCUCAAGACAGAGCUUACAGAGCUUAUGCUAGACACUAAUAGCUUACGACUCAUUACAAAAUACGACAUGGCAUCGAGCUUUCAAGAGCUUUCAUAACCCAAUAUAAAGGAUAUAGAGAAAUUUUAGAAAAUCAGACGACACUUUUGGUUUAUAGAUUAUUUUAUUAACGCUUUUCUUAGAUUAAGUCUGUAUAAGUUUGUCAUGUAUAUAAGUAUAUGAUGUUGUUAUAUUUGCACCAAAAAUUAAGAUGUAAUUUAUUAAGUUUAGUUAUAGUAAAUAAUUUAUUAAUUUUUGUAAGCUAGUCGACGGGUACUGUGCAUUUUCCUAUUUCGUAUCCGAUUGUCCAAUUUUGUAAAAAUAGACUAACAUUAAGCUAAGUUUUGUUAUGGUGCGGUAUAAGUUAUUUAUUUAUUUAUAAAGAGGUAAUUACGCGAGUACCUUUAUAAGU